AUGUUUCAGUCUUCUUUUACGGAUAUCUUGAGUUUGAUCGGGGCCACUGCAGUCACCGUCUCGUGUAUGAUCAUGCCGUGCUUGUGCUACCUUCGCGUCCACCCGAUCGCCACGCACACAUUUCGGGGCAAGUGCGAUCGGUUUGUAUGCCACUUGACCAUCAUCAGCAGUAUCGUGCUCGGUAUCUACUGCGCUGUCAUCGCUAUCGGCAACAUUAGUCGUGACUUGCAGCACUUCCGUCUGUUCCAGGCCGCUAAAACAAGCAUGGCUACGAACAUCACUCUCGCUGAUGAAUACCCUUACUGUCACGAAGGCGAGAGGAACUAA